AUGCCUGUCAGGCCCGCGAACAAAGAUGACAUACGGCCUAUGGCCAAGGUACUCGCCGCCUCGUUUGGACCGGACCGUCUGUUCCAGGUGAUGUUCCCGCACCAGAAAGAACACCCCGAUGCCUUUGUGCGAGCGUUCGAAGAGCAUCUGUGGCUCUCUUGGUACGAUUACAAGAAGAUCCUGAUGAUAUCGUAUCACGACGACAAUGCCGAGCCGGAAGACAAGCAGCAGCAGCAGCAGCAGCGUGCCUCCAGUGAGAGCGAUUCGAAAGAAGUCCUAUCCUCCAGAAACAGCAGGCAAGUCGUGACAGGAGUGGCAGAGUGGGAGAGAGUAGGGCCUGGCUGGGAAUCUAUCUACGGCGUUUGGGGACGAUGGGAUCCUCGUUUAUGGAUGAAACCGAUCCUGGGAGCAUUCUACAAUUUUCGCCGACGCAUAUUUCCAAACAGAGCUGCAGCUCAACCUACAGCCCAAAAUCCGGCUCCUCUCACCUACUGGAGCUUCGUGACUUCAAUCAUCCCUUUCACCGCGGCUUUCUUCAGCGCCCCCGCUCGUCAAAUACACUGGUCACUGGAAAACCUGGCCGUGCAUCCUGAUUACCAAGGAAAGGGUUACGGGAGGGAGCUGGUCGAACGUGGUUUGGAGAUCUCGAGAACCGACCCCAUGGGUGACUUGCCUGCUUGCGUGAUUGCCGCAGACGGCAAGGAAGGAUUUUACCAGAAGAAUGGAUUUCCUGAGCUCGUGGGUUGGGCGAGCAGGACGGUGGACGAGGAGGGUCGUGAUAAUCCGUUGAAGGCCAACGGGGUCGGUGGGGGUGCUGUUCUAUGGACGAGAUGA